UUGUGGGAGGUGGACAGGGCCAGCCCCACACUGGCUCGGACAGUGACCCUUUCCACGCCUUCUUCAUCCCAUCAAUGCCGUCUCCUCUCUCCUCCCAGCCACACUCACGCGGCCAGCAGACAAGGACUCUCCAUGGCGACGACCUCACCAUGUGCGCACUUUGCCCUUCUUCUUUUUCUUUUAGUCCAUUUCCUGGCUGCAUCAACCAUCGCUCAGGAUGACCUUGUGAUCAGUACAAAGCAUGGGAAAGUUCAAGGGAAGUUGCUGUCAGUGCUUGGUGGUGAGGUUCGAGCAUUUCUUGGAAUUCCUUAUGGAAAACCACCUCUGGAUAAACUCAGAUUCAAACCUCCGGAGCCUGCAGAAGGGUGGAACGGUGUGAGGGACUGUACCAAGUACCCAAACUCUUGUUUUCAGGUUCCAGAUACGGCCUUCAAAGGGUUCAAAGGCUCUGAGAUGUGGAACCCAAACACCCCUCUGAGUGAGGACUGUCUCUACCUGAACGUGUGGACACCACGUUUCAACAAAACCCAGAGCUUGGCUCCCGUCCUGGUCUGGAUCUAUGGAGGCGGGUUUAACGGAGGGACGUCCUCUCUGGAUCUUUAUGACGGCCGCUUUCUGAGCAGAUCUGAAGGUGUUGUUGUCGUAUCCAUGAAUUACAGACUUGGAGCUCUAGGCUUCCUGUCUCUCCCUGACAACAAGAACAUCCGUGGAAAUGCGGGUCUGCUGGACCAGCGCCUGGCCCUCCAGUGGGUCGCCAAUAACAUCGCUGCUUUUUGGGGAGAUGCUUCAAAGGUGACUCUCUUUGGGGAGAGUGCUGGGUCGGCAUCGGUGGGCUACCAGCUGCUCUCACCGGGCAGCCAGGGACUCUUUCAGCGGGCAGUGAUGCAGAGUGGCUCCCCUAAUGCACCCUGGGCUUCAGUCAGUCAGGAGGUGGCCUGGCAGAGGUCUUUGCGGCUCGGCUCCUUGGUUGGUUGUUCCACCUCUGAUACAGUCCAUCUGGAAGCUUGUCUGCAGAAGGCUGACCCCAGGACUUUGACAUCUAAGAGUUACGACGUUUUCACCAAGGCGAGACACAUUAACUUACCUUUUGUCCCUGUUGUGGAUGGGGACUUCCUACCAGAUAAACCUGAAGUGUUGCUAAACUCCGGAAAGCUCUCUAACAAAGAGGUGAUGUUUGGCCUGACCAAGAACGAAGGUACCUACUUCUUGAUGUAUGGCAUGCCUGGUUUUAGUCUCAAAGACAAUAGCCUCAUCUCCAGGAAAGACUUUCUGGAUGGAGUUACCCUUAGUAUGGCUGAUUCAAGUGACAUUGCAAAAGAGGCGGCCAUUUCUUAUUACACACAGUGGACCGAUGUGGAUAAUGGGAGGAUAAAUCGAGACUCUCUGGGUGGACUGGUUGGAGACCAGAUGUUCUGUCCGCUCCUGGAGUUCGCUUACAGGUACUCACAACGGGGUGGAAAGAGUUUCCUCUAUUCAUUUGACCACCGGUCAUCCGUAAAUCCUUGGCCGGAGUGGAUGGGGGUCAUGCAUGGCGACGAGAUUGAAUUUGUCUUUGGGAUGCCUCUGAAUGCAUCCCUGGGAUACACAAAGGAUGAGGUGAACAUGACCAAGAAGUUUAUGAAACACUGGGCCAACUUUGCAAGGACUGGAAACCCAAGCAUUGAUGGAGCUUUGUGGCCCACAUUUAGCCCUGAACAGCAACAAUAUGUGACUCUGAACUCCCACCAACCAGAACAAAGGAGUAUGAUGAAGGCUGAUGAGUGCCACCUGUGGAACAAGCUGAUUCCUAAGAUACAGAAAGUCUCAGAUGAUCUACUGGCGUGUGUCAGAGCCAGCGGGAUCACCGUCUGCUGUAACUACAUGUUCCUGCUCUUUAUAUUAGCCUUGGGUUUCACAUGUUUUUAGAAGGAAAAGAUGUGUCCAGACCUGGCCUGAGUCCAUUCAGUUUAACAGUUUACAUUAACGUAAACUGUACAGUACACAAUUACAGUAGAUGGGAAGAAUGUCCAAUGUUUUAUUUGCAUGCAGAAAAUUGUUAAGACUGUUUUAAGUUUGUGCUUUAGUGGAGGAAUUUUUCACUAUAGGCAGCGUUUUCUUUUUAUUUAACGAUACCAUUAAUCCGAGGUAAAAUGACAUGAUCAUUGUUUCUGUCAUGAUGGUUGGAUUUGGCAAUCACAGAACCAAACAUUUUGGCUGAAUCCCAAUUCUCCCCUUAACCCUCAAUCUUACCCUCAAGCUCAACCCUCAGUCUUAACUCGCCCCUCAUAACCAAGUGUAAGGACCAUCUCGUGACUUAGAAAUGGGAAACCUUUUAAUAGCAGUUAUGAUUUCAGACUGUAGAGGGCAGUAAUGUACCAAAACUCUGUAGCCUAUCUAUUCAGAGGAAGAAGAAGAAGAAGAAGAAAGAGAACGUGUUAAUAUUCAGUCAAAUAACAUGGAUAAACACCACAACCAUGGACAUAUUCAGCUGAAAGUCACCGUAUAACACGGCCAUUAGCUAACACCAAACACCAGUCUUAAUUCGUAGGUUUGUCCGCGACGGCACAGUUACGGCUUACAAUUGUAAAAAUUAAAGUAAAUGUUACACUACAAAAAGGCAAAUAAUCCAUAAAGUCAAACUCACCCCUCAAGUCUCAUGAGAAUUGGGACAGCCCUUGUACUUCCUGGGAAUGUGCAUUUUGAGACUGAGGGUUAAGAUUGAGGGUUAAGGGGAGAAUUGGCAUUCCGCCUCAAGCCCUGAUUUCACCGACACACGUGCCAGACUACCAAAAGAUCAUCAUGACUGACGUGAUGACAGUGAACUAACAUAAUUUUACUGCACUUUGUCUAUCCAAACUAUAUCAUAAAGGAUACACUAACUUGAUGCUAAUGCUAACAACAGCUACUUUGCGGGUUUGAGAAGUGCACCCACUAUUCCUCGCCAACAUUACUCUUGUUUUCUGUCGAUCAUGGUCGCCCCCACAUUAUAAGGAUCGGGAUGUGUCUGCAAGAGCCUGAGAAAGUUCUCGAGGGCAAAAAUAAAUAAAUAAAUAAAUAAAUAAAAAAAUUAAACAUUCUGAACUUUUUGUCAGGGGCAGUGUUAAUUUUGUCGACUAAAACUAUGACUAAAACUAUUUGUCAACAGCCUUUUUUCCA